AUGGCCGAUACAGACACGAAUAGUGCAUCGCUUGAUGACCACCCGUCGUCCGGUGGCUCGAACCGUUCGCGGCUGAGCCUCACUGAAGUGUUUGAAAAGAUGCUUGCCGAAGAGUCGGAGGAAAUGGAGCGCCAUGAGCAGGAUGAAAGGAUCCGGCGAGAGCGCUGGAUAGAAGGACGUCUGGAAACUGCGAGCUAUAGCAAUAGACGGUCCAGAGUCUCCCUUCCGUCGCUCGAAGCCGAGGAUAGCGAGCACGACGCACCAGCCGACGCCGGUGUUGCAUCCAUCCCCGGCACACCAGAGCGUACAAUGGACAGAGCGAGUGGCUCUACAUCGCCGCAAUACUCUCCGCCGGCCCGCAUGAAGCGCUUCGCGGAAUCCAACUACCCUAUGGAGUCGACGCAAUACCCAAUCCACACGGCGACAAGAACGUUGCGCGCGCCGAACCACUCGCUCAGUCUUCCCAGCGACGAUUUUCUUCAGCCCGCCCCUGUAUUGUUGGAAGCGCAGCCUAGCGAAACGUCGCGGCCCAAGCCCCAAGCUCCUCGAGCGCGCGACGAGCGCGUACGCGGUACAGUCCAUGUAGAAACGGCACCGCAAGGUCAAGUGCGCAUGCCGGAGCCCGAGCUAUGGAACUUGGUCCAUUUAAUGAAAGAGGUACUUCGAGCACCAGAUGUGGAAGAGACUAAGCAUGCAGACGAUAUAUCUCUGAGCCACAUGCUGCACACAGUCGAGUCCGAGCUGAACAAGAAACUGGCGCAAAAAGAUGGCUCUUUUAUGACACUCCCUGCAGAGCUGCAGCUUGAUCAACUGAACGCGAGCGAUGCAGAGUAUGCGGGUCGUCUCAAUGUGAUCCGCCAGCGUCUUGGCAAGCUUGCCUUGGAUAUGACACAAACCAUCACGACAGAACAAGUGACUGAGCAUGGCCCCCGCGGAGAAGAAUUCUCGCGCUGGUAUAACCUGUUUUUUGCCGCCCUGGGCUUGAUUGGCAUACUCGCCCUUUUCCGGCUUGCGCAGUACCGCGCUGAGUACGUGUUUACGUACACGUAUCACGACCCAUUGUACGCGGCGUUGUGGCCAACGUCGUGGCAAGUACAGGCUCUGUUGCAUCGGAACGUGCAUUACAACGUUCCGUUUGCGACGCGUUCCAGCUUUGCGGUCGCUGAGCUGAUUGCUCCCCUCGGUGGAGACGUAAAUCCAUAG